AAGCCUUGGCUUUGGGACCAUAGAGAGUGCUGGACAGGAUAUCCACAACAGCCCCUCCAGCCCUCCCUGUUCUGGUACUACCUGUUGGAGCUCUCCUUCUACUGGUCACUGGUCUUCACCCUGCCCUUUGAUGUGAAGAGGAAGGAUUUCAAGGAGCAGAUAGUCCAUCAUGCUGCAACCAUCUUCCUGAUCAGCUUCUCAUACUGUGCCAAUUACAUCCGCAUUGGGACCCUGGUGAUGGUCAUUCAUGAUGCUUCUGAUUGCUUCCUAGAGCCAACUAAGAUAUUCAAUUACAUGAAGUGGAAAAAAACCUGUGACAGCCUCUUUAUGAUCUUCUCAACUGUUUUCCUCAUCAGCCGCCUGGUCGUUUUCCCCUACACAGUGCUCUAUAAUACCUACUAUUACUCCAUGGAGAUAUUCCAGCCCUUCUUUGGAUACUACUUCGUGAAUGCUCUCCUGAUAAUUCUGCAGCUGCUCCAUGUCUUCUGGUCCUGCCUAAUUAUUCACAUGGUCUACAUGUUCAUCCUCAGGGGCACGAUGGAAAAGGACAUGAGAAGUGACACAGAAGAAAGUGACAAAGAUGAAGAAAAAGAGAAGAUUAGGGAAAAGGAGAAAAACAGGAUCACGUGUUUCAACAACGUCACAAGCAACAGUUGUAUCCAGAGGAAUGGGUCUGAGCCACUGAACAACAGAACCCAUCUCACCAAUGGCCAUGUCAAGGAAAGAUAGUUACUGUGCCUGUGCUGCUGAUCUGGUCUUACAUUAGCCCAGUUCACUGUCUUUAGAAACAGUUUUGCUUGUUGUGUAGACAAAUUGGAGUGCAAUUGCAGUAUCAUAGCUGAAUUCCUGCUUCCUGUAAACAGAAGUGUUUAGGGUCAGU